AGGGAAGCCGGAAGUGGCCCGGCACUUCCGGCACGGGAAACUCUGCUGCCGCUCCGGCUGGCUUGACAGGCGCGGUCUCGGCUAGUAGCUCUCUCUCCUUUCGCCUUCCGCCCUCCGCCCGUCCGCCCUCCCAGCUCUUUUGCCGCUGCCGUCCCACAACUCCUGUCCCUGAAGGCGCCCCUUCCCCAUGUUCCGGGGCGGGAGUCCUGAAAGCGAAGACCCGCUCGCCGGUACCCCAUCAUGUCCGAACUGACUAAAGAGCUGAUGGAGCUGGUGUGGGGCACCAAGAGCAGCCCCGGUCUCUCUGACACCAUCUUCUGCCGCUGGACACAAGGGUUUGUGUUUAGUGAAUCAGAGGGAUCUGCAUUAGAACAGUUUGAAGGUGGCCCCUGUGCUGUUAUUGCACCUGUUCAGGCCUUUCUUUUGAAGAAGCUCCUGUUUUCUUCUGAGAAGUCUUCUUGGAGGGAUUGCCCAGAGGAAGAGCGGAAGGAACUCCUUUGUCAUACCUUAUGUGAUAUUUUAGAAAGUGCCUGUUGUGACAACUCUGGAGCAUUCUGCCUGGUUUCCUGGUUAAGAGGAAAGACAACGGAGGAGCAGACUGCGGGCAUUUCUGGGAGUCCUGCAGAAUCUAGUUGCCAAGUGGAGCAUUCUGCUGCCUUGGCUGUCGAAGAGCUUGGCUUUGAGCGAUUUCAUGCAUUAAUUCAAAAAAGAUCAUUCAGAAGUUUACCUGAAUUAAAGGAUGCUGUCCUGGACCAGUAUUCAAUGUGGGGAAACAAAUUUGGAGUAUUGCUUUUUUUGUAUUCUGUGUUACUGACCAAGGGCAUUGAAAACAUAAAAAAUGAAAUUGAAGAUUCAAAUGAACCUUUGAUAGAUCCUGUAUAUGGACAUGGCAGCCAAAGUUUAAUUAACCUCCUACUGACUGGACAUGCUGUUUCUAAUGUAUGGGAUGGUGAUAGAGAAUGCUCAGGAAUGAAACUUCUUGGUAUACAUGAACAAGCAGCAGUAGGAUUCUUAACAUUAAUGGAAGCUUUAAGAUACUGUAAGGUUGGUUCUUACUUGAAAUCUCCAAAAUUCCCUAUUUGGAUUGUUGGCAGUGAAACUCACCUCACCGUAUUUUUUGCCAAGGACAUGGCUUUAGUUGCUCCUGAGGCACCUUCAGAACAAGCCAGGAGAGUUUUUCAAACCUAUGAUCCAGAAGAUAAUGGAUUCAUACCUGAAUCACUUCUAGAAGAUGUGAUGAAAGCAUUGGACCUCGUUUCAGAUCCUGAAUAUAUAAAUCUCAUGAAGAAUAAAUUAGAUCCAGAAGGAUUAGGAAUCAUAUUAUUGGGUCCAUUCCUCCAAGAAUUUUUUCCUGAUCAGGGUUCCAGUGGUCCAGAGUCGUUUACUGUCUAUCACUACAAUGGAUUGAAGCAGUCAAAUUAUAAUGAAAAGGUCAUGUAUGUUGAAGGGACUGCAGUGGUUAUGGGUUUUGAAGAUCCCAUGCUACAGACAGAUGACACUCCUAUUAAACGCUGUCUCCAAACCAAAUGGCCAUACAUUGAGUUACUGUGGACCACAGAUCGCUCUCCUUCACUGAACUAACUUGCCUACGGAUGUAGAAGAAAGUUCGUAAUAGCAGAUGUUGAAAGAGGGAUGCAGGACAGGCGGUUGGCUACAUUAAGCUAUACACUGGUAUCAUCAACUGUAAAUAACAAUUAAAAACACAUGUUCAGUGUUUAAGAUAGUUUAAAUUAUUUGUUUUAAAGCUUUAUGUUAAAGGUUACCCUAUUUUAACUCUUUAUGUGAAAUUUACUAGCAAAAUCAAGCUUUAAUCAAAGUUCAUCACUUUUACAGUCGGAUAAUUGGUCAUUUAUCAAAUUAAAAACAUCCUAAUACUAUAUAGUAUUUGUAUAUUGAGCAGAAUUACUCUUUAUAAACUUCUACUUUGGGUUUUUAUUUCAUUCAGACACAGUUUAUUAUUUCAGUAAUCCUGGCUUGCACUCUUUCAGCCUCCACAUGGAAAGGCAGAAGAGUUCAAUCUUAUUUCUUUUCUAAAAUCUGGUUUCCAUUAGAAAUACUGAUAAAUAACAAAUUAUCAACCUGGAUUCUUUGCCAAUUGGCUUAGCUCUGGCAUGUUUAUAAAAAGUAGAAACUGUAAGAAAACAUUACCAUUUAGUCACUGAUAUAUAGAGAACAUAUUUCAAAAAAAUGAUAGGUAAGAGAAUGUUUGAUAGUCUUAACACUGUUAACUGUAUUGCCAAAUACACUUUUCCAAAUUUGUCCCAGCAGCCUGUAAGCCAGCUUUCUUGUAUAUUUAUGUGAUAAAUGCAUGAGAACAUCUGUUAUUACAUUAGUAUAUUGCAUUAUUUAUUAUUAUCCUGGUGGAUGGUCUAAAUAAACACUUUUUUUAACUGUA